UAAGCGUCCUGUUUCGUGGACAAUGGCUGAAACCAGGGAGGACGAGGAGAAGAAGCCGGGCAUCAGCAUUCUGCCCGGUCCGGAGCUUUUAACCCUUCCCGGAUUCGAUACCCGGGCCAGCAUCGCCUCGGCUGCUUUGAGUGAUGUGCCCAGCGAUGUGAUCAUCAAGUCUCGCAUUCGAUAUGGCAGUACACUAUCCGCCUGCAAGGGCUUACUUCUGGAGUACGCCAAGAGUACGACCAUUCACGGCAUACGAUAUAUCUUCGAGGUCCACAGACCCAUCUAUGAAAAACUUUAUUGGCUAUUCUUCACUUGCAUUUCCGUUUACUUUGCCAUCUCCCUAAUCUGGGAUACCUAUCUGAAAUGGCAGGACUCACCGGUCAUUCUAGGCUUCGAUGAGACCCUGGUGCCAGUGCAUAAGAUACCCUUUCCCACCAUUACCAUUUGUCCGGAGAUCAAAAUGGAAAGGAAUGUCUUUGACUACACGAACGUAUCGCGACUGCUUUGGAAUGAGUACAAGCAGAAUGGCAACGUCAGCGAUUUGGAGGAUGAAGACUUGGCCCGAAUGGCAGCUGCAAUGCAUCUUUGUGAUCCGGAUGUGGUGGAGCGAUUCACGCCAUUGCUAUCGCAGUUAAAUCCUCCGUACGUGGACGUAACCCAGACACUGAUUGAUUUGAGUAUAUCGAAGAACGAAACGGGGCCAUUUUGCAAGUGGAAUGGACGGUUCUACUUCUGCGAUAAGAUAUUCGACUUUGUGGCCACGGACGAGGGCAUAUGCUAUCAAUUUAACGGCCUGCGACCGAAGGACAUUUAUCGCGACGAGAAGUUCAUCAGCUAUAUCGACCCGGAUGUGGUGAACUUCAACAACUACUUCGACGUGGAGUUGCCGCCGUGGAACAACAUAACCGGGAAUUGGUCACUGGACACGGGAUUCGUGGACCAAGGCCAGAAUGCGUAUCCCCAGAGGACAGUGUUCUCAUCGGUGAAGAACGGCUUUUUCGCCUUUCUGCAGGGUUUGCAGCACAACUUUGACUACGAUUGUCGCAGUUUCAAACAGGGCUAUAAGGUCUUUCUCAACUCCCCGGAGAGUGUGCCGCUGACGUCGGGCAAUUAUAUCCUGGUGCCCCAUGGCGAUGAGGUCCUGGUCAGUGUGCUGCCCGCUUAUGUCGUGUCCACCGACAAUUUGCACGAAAUUACUUCAGAUAAACGUCAGUGUCUGUUCGAUGAUGAGCGCUCGCUGCGCUUCUUCCGGUCAUAUUCGCAGAGCAAUUGCCAAACCGAAUGCCUGGCCAACUACACGGUUGCCAAGUGCGGUUGCGCCAAGUUCUGGAUGCCCAAACCCGUGGGAACUCCCGUCUGUGGGCUGAAUGACAUCACCUGCUACACAACUGCCCAGGAUGAGCUCUAUGCCUUGCUGCAAAAUCAAACAAUGGCCAAAAGUAUUGAUGACAGUGCCGAUAUUACCUGCAACUGCAUGCCUGCUUGUACUUCACUUGAGUAUAAUUUCGAGAUAUCCCGGGCCAAAUACGACAUCGCCAAAACCAUUCGAGCCUUUCGCGAAGUAUACGAGCAUACAGAUGCCAUUGGAUCUCGACUCUCCGUUUACUUCAAGGAGCAUCAGUUUACGGCCAUCAAACGCACAAUUCUUUUCGGAGUCUCCACUUUGAUUUCCAACUGCGGUGGCAUCUGCGGCUUGUUUAUGGGAAUCUCGUGUCUCAGCUUCCUGGAGCUAAUCUAUUUCUUCUGCAUGAGAAUCUGCGGCAGUUGCCGCGACCGGCGUAAGCAUAAAAACCAACAGCAAUGUUCAGUGGAUUUACCGGAUGAUGAAUCUGAGAAAUAGUUGUUGGGCUAAAAGAUCAUAAAAUACGAUUUUGAAGUGCCCAUAAAGUUGUGUAUGUAAAACGUGCACAUUUGGAAAUAAAUCGAUUUCAAUGCAAAUUA